ACGGGCCGCACACUGCCCCCUGCCGGACAGCGCCCGCAGCGCAGCGCCGCCAUGAGCGCCCCGCUCGUGGGGUACAGCAGCUCCGAGGAGGAGGAGGAGGAGGAGGAGGAAGGAGGGGGGGGCACGCGGGGCAGCCGCCGCCUGCCCGUCCCCGAGUGCGUGCUGGCCAUGUUCCGCGAGGAGGAGCAGGAGGAGAAGCGGGACGACAGCUCCCGGCACGGCGGCCGCGUGCGGUGCUUCCCCCACGAGCGGGGCAGCUGGGCCACGCACGUGUACCUGCCCUACCAGGCCCAGGAGGAGUUCCUGGAGCUGCUGGAGCUUCUGGCGUCCCGCGCUCGCACCUACGUCCCAUCGCUCACUGCCAUGGAGGAGUUCCACGUCAGCCUGUCGCAGAGCGUGGUGCUGCGCUACCACUGGAUCAACCCCUUCAUGCAGGGCCUCAAGGAGCGCCUAGCCUCCUUCCACAGGUUCUUCUGUGUGGCUGACCGAGUGAAGGUGUACACCAACCAGAACAAAACCAGGACCUUUGUAGGUUUGGAAGUCUCUGCUGGACAUUUCCAGCUGCUGGAACUGGUCUCAGAGGUGGACAAGGUUAUGGAGGAAUUUGACCUCCCCGUAUUCUACAAGGACCCAUCGUUCCAUAUCAGCUUGGCCUGGUGCGUCGGGGACCUGACGGGCAGCCUGGAGGGGCAGUGUCUGCAGGAGCUCCAGGACAUUGUGGACAGGUUUGAGGACUCGGCGCGCCUUCUGCGUGUCCAAUGGGAGCAAAUCCGCUGCAAGUCAGGGAACAAGUUCUUCUCCUUCCCCUUGAGGUAGGACCUGGUGGGGCUGUGCGUCUCAGAGCCCGAAGACCUGCUGUUCAACAAAGAACCGUUCUCCAGCACGGCUCCAAACAGUGGGGGCUGUCACACGCCUCCCACGCUCUUCUUGUCUGCUCAGCAGCUCUGGGAAGUUUGCGGUCUCAAGCCACGCAACUUCCAAGUUUGUGUCGUUGGCUAAAGAAAUGUGUGUUUGCAGCAGAUUCCUUGCAGCAGCGUGCUGUCAGCAGCCAGGAUGUGCUGCAGUCAGCACUGGUGGCUCCAGUCAGAGCUGCUAAUUUUGCUGAUUUUAAAAAAGAAAAAAAACCUCUCUAUAAAAGCCAUAGAUGCCUUAUGUUUAGGAGAAGGAAGAUAGCGUGGGAAGCGCUUGCUGAAGGAAGCUUGUCUCACACAGUUGGAAGUGGCACUGUCAUUGUCUGGGAGGCUCAGAGCUGAGUGCUGAGCUCAGUUGCUAGCUCUGAAAAACAAGAGGCUGGGAUGCAGAGCUGUGCACCAGAGCAUCUCCCUACCAUAACCCAGCCGAGGAAGCUCCUGGGUCCAGCUCCUCGGACGCUGCUGCUGCCUCUGUAAAUUUCAGUGUGAGAUCCUGUCACCAAGCAGCAACAAGACUGAAUCUUGACAGAGAGGCUGGAAACCCCUCACUUCAGCGCUACCCACCCUGGGUUUACAGUAACUUUGUUUUAACGUCAUUUGUGUCAAAAGGACGUGUUUGGAGGACUGCUUCCUGCCAGGCGCUUGCUGCCGUGUUAGGGCGAGCCCAAGAGAGGGCACUGUCGGCUCUCGCACCGCGGCCCGGUGGGCGUUCUCGGUCGCUCAGGGGGUGGCACAGGCGCUUCUCCAUGAAGGCAGCACCCACCGUGCGGGGCUGGCCCUGUGCUGCCCGUGGGCCGGACUUUGUCCUCGGGAGAAGGCCCCUUCUGUCCUUUGUUCCUGCGGGGAACGCGUGCUGCGGCUUCUUGGCGUUCAGAGCAGGGUGCUGGUGCGCUGCCCUCAAUCUUUCAUCCCACAUUUGUUGAUGAAAGAUUGUGAGACUCCUUCCGAGCAGUAAAAUCUGUCUCAUAA